ACGCAUACUUGAGCAAAACUUUAAUCCCCUUGCAACGGAUAUGGUCAGUGCGUCGUAUUUUGGGUUGAGGUAACUUUCUCCAGCUCAUUCCAAGAUUUUACGCACGUCUACGAAGACCUGACUUUCAACCAAUGCGCAUGCCAAAGUGCGGCUGUCCGACUUGUCUGCAGUGAUUUGCGCAGUCUCACUUUACCGUUAUGUACUUGAGAGUUAAUCCGAGUACAUACUCCCAUCGGAUGCAUUUGAUUUUCUAUUGACAUUGUGACUGGAUUGUGUUGUCGGAUGGCCGUAUGGACAUCCCCGCCUUUUAAGUGAACUUUUGGGCUAUGUAUUCGCCAGGAUGGGCGCGAACAAUGGGAAGAACUGUGAGAGUGAGGGUAAGGGAAGUUCCAGCAUCUCCUCCGACGUGAGCUCCAGCACGGAUCCCACGCCCUGCAGGCCCUCCAAGAAUGCGGCUACCAGCGAAGGCUCGGACAGCAUGCGGACUCUGAGCACCCCCAGCCCUGCUCUCAUCCUCACUCCCCAAACCAUCAUCCCUCUUCACACCAACACCUCCGGCUCCACAGUGUCCGGCGAAACGGUCGCUCUGGUGCACCCCCCUCCAGGAAACCACCAGCUGGCCCCCGUCGACCUCCUCCCAGACAACAUCCUCCUCCAGAUCUUCUCCCACCUCUCCACCAACCAGCUGUGCCGCUGCGCUCGCGUCUGCCGCCGCUGGUACAACCUGGCCUGGGACCCUCGCCUGUGGAACGCCGUGCGGCUCACGGGAGAACUGCUCCACGCCGACCGAGCCCUGAGGGUGCUCACGCACAGACUGUGUCAGGACACGCCCAACGUCUGCCUGACCCUGGAGACGGUGGUGGUCAGCGGCUGUCGGCGGCUUACCGACCGCGGCCUCCACACGGUGGCCACCUGCUGCCCCGAGCUGCGGCACCUGGAGCUGGCCGGCUGCUUCAACGUGUCGGACGAGGCCGUGUUCGAGGUGGUGUCCCGCUGCCCCAACCUGGAGCACCUGGACGUAUCAGGCUGCACCAAGGUGACCUGCAUCAGUCUGGCUCAAGACCCUCCCGUGGCUCCCACCACCGCCCCGUCCCCAUCCCCAUGCCCUCAGCGUUGCCAGCAGAUCUCCAUCCGCUACCUGGACAUGACGGACUGCUUCUCCCUGGAGGACGAGGGCGUGCGCACCAUCGCCUCCCACUGCCCGCGUCUGACCCACCUCUACCUGCGCCGCUGCCAGCGCCUGACGGACGAGGCUCUCCGGCAGCUGGCCCUCCACUGCCCGGCCAUCCGCGAGCUCAGCCUGAGCGACUGCCGGCUGGUGGGGGACUUUGGGCUGCGGGAGGUGGCCCGGCUGGAGGGACGCCUGCGCUACCUGAGCGUGGCGCACUGCUGUCGCAUCACGGACGUCGGCGUGCGCUACGUGGCUCGCUACUGCCCGCGGCUGCGCUACCUGAACGCCCGCGGCUGCGAGGGGCUCACGGACCACGGGCUGGGACACCUGGCCCGCAGCUGCCCCAAGCUGCGCUCCCUGGACGUGGGGAAGUGCCCGCUGGUGUCGGACUCUGGGCUGGAGCAGUUGGCGCGGAGCUGCCCGGGCCUGCGCAGGCUGAGCCUGAGGGCGUGUGAGAGCGUGUCGGGCAGAGGGCUGCGGCUGUUGGCUGCUCACUGCUCUGAGCUGCAGCUGCUCAACGUGCAGGAGUGUGAGGUGCCUGCUGAGGCACUGAGGCUGGUCAGACGCCACUGCAGACGCUGUAUCAUUGAACACACCAUCCCUGCCUUCUACUGAGUGGCGGGAGCAAAGAGUAGAGAGCUACUGAGUGGAGAGGAUGGGGGUGGAGGAGGUACAUGCCAACCCUGCUUUCUACUGAAGGUGGCACAGAGGAUAAAUACUGUACACAUGUGCUGUUCAGCAAGAUCUACCCAGUGGAAAAUAUUGCUUCUCGGAAUGGUUUUAAUUUUCGUCCUUCAGAAACACAUACAAUUUUUUUAAAGAACCUUUUUCUCUGAAUGAUUUUCAAAAAGACAGAAUUCAAUAAGAUCACUUUGUCAUGAAACACAAGUGUUCAGUGUUACAAAGUAUGUUCAGUCCAAGUUGAACUAAGAAUGAUCUAGUAUUUACCAUUCAUUAAUGUCAGUUAUUUUCUAUUUUAACCGGAAGAGAUCAGUAAGAUCUUAUUUAUUUCUGAGAGACAAGAACAGGACUAUUUUAACAUGUAAUAUUUUUUUCUGAGGGGCUAGAUGCACAGAAAUUCUUAUCAUUGACAAAUGGAGCGCUUUCCUCCCGGCUUUUUGUACUGGCAAGGUAAAAGUAAACAUUACACAUCCAACAAGGACACUAAUGUCAAGUUUAAUACAUUAGUUGAUUUUUUCUUGCAUUUAAAGCAACUCCAAAGAAUAUUUCUCUAGUCGCCUAUAGGUGCGUAAUUAUCAAUCACCAUUGUCACUAUUAAAUAGCAGGCUAGUCUCAAAAUCCCCUUCGUUACCCAUAUGUUGGUAAUCUAAUGGAGAAUCUGCAUAAUUUAGGGGCGUUUGCACAUGCAAAGACAAUUGAAUAUGUUUCAGACGUUUCCCAGUAACCUCUGGGCAACUAGGGCUGUAAGACAAGGAUGAUUUGUAAGACUUUUUUUGUCCAUGAACAACGAAUUGCCUACAUAGUGUGGCAAGGUUCCAUUGUGCCAUCGACAUUGACAUAGGGUAUGGCAGGAGUGUCAUUUAUCCUUUUAAGAGAUGAUUUACCCCCAGAACAAUUAAAAAAAAAAUCUAUGUUCUGUCCAUUUGACCUACAAAGACUAUUCAUUGCUGGUAUAUUUAUCAAGAAUGAUAUUCUGUUUAAAGCCAUCCAGUUAAUAUGUAAGCUGUUAUACCACAUAAUGAUUAUUUACUGCCUUAACAUUAUAGGGUAAGCAUUUGCACUUUAUAUGCAUCACAGGACUGCUGGGACCAACUACUUGCCAAAGGGAAGCUGCUUAUAGCCAGGCUUUGAGGGAGAAAGGAAAUGUGAUGCUGAUAUGUUUAUGCAUAAGGUUGUUUUGUUAUGCUUUAAUUGACACAAUCUACUAUUAAGCCCUAAAAUGGA